ACGGAGAGCGGCCCUAUGUGUGGCGUCUGGAGAUUAUACGAGAGGAAUGAGCCGGGCUCCGGCGCUGGAGGGGUUAAUCGGGUGUGGCCAAGUGACGGCUGACAGUCUGCGCACGCGCGGUCGGGACAUACACACAGCGCUGCUGCCUCUCCUCUCAGUGUGGGGAUAGGUGGCGGGCGUGAGGGGCUUUCAGGCAGUAGCCGCAGGAUAUUGGGCGUUGGAGUACUUCCCAGGAAUCCUUCUCCUGAGCGGGACAAGCGCUCUCCCUCCGCUAUUCCAUGGGAUAAUAAUGACAGCCCGGUCGCGACUACAGCGCUCCGUCUUCAGCUACUAGAUGGCUUUGGUUACGGUGCAGCGCUCCCCCACCCCCAGCACGACCUCCAGCCCCUGCGUGUCGAGUUCACAGUUGGAAGAAAGUGAGACUGAAGUGUUCUGCUGCCAGUGUGAAGAUACAGAGCUCUUAAAUGGUACCAAUGAAGCGGACAGUGGGGAAGAAGAGUGUCGGUCGCAGCCUAGAAGCAUCAGCGAAAGUUUCCUGACCGUGAAAGGUGCUGCCUUAUUCCUUCCACGUGGAAAUGGCUCCAGUACCCCAAGAAUCAGCCACAGGCGCAAUAAGCAUGCAGGGGACCUUCAGCAACACCUCCAGGCCAUGUUUACACUCCUCCGCCCCGAGGACAACAUCCGCUUGGCCGUAAAAUUAGAAAGCACCUAUCAGAACCGAACGCGCUACAUGGUCGUCGUAUCUACAAAUGGACGGCAAGACACCGAGGAGAGCAUUGUGCUGGGGAUCGAUUUUCCAUGUAACGACAGCGGUUCUUGUACCAUGGGCCUAGUUCUUCCUUUGUGGAGUGACACCCUUAUACACCUGGACGGAGAUGGGGGGUUCAGCGUAUCUACAGAUAACAGGGUUCACAUAUUUAAGCCAGUGUCCGUUCAAGCCAUGUGGUCUGCACUGCAAAGCUUGCACAAAGCAUGCGAGGUAGCUCGUGCCAACAAUUACUACCCAGGCAGCCUUUUCUUAACGUGGGUUAGUUACUAUGAGAGUCACAUCAACUCUGACCAGACAUCGGUCAACGAAUGGAACGCUAUGCAGGAUGUUCAGUCCCACCGCUCCGAUUCACCCGUCCUGUUCACCGAUGUCCCGACAGAGCGAGAACGCACAGAACGUUUGAUUAAAAUUAAAUUAAGAGAAAUCAUGAUGCAGAAGGACCUUGAGAACAUAACAUCCAAAGAGAUCCGGACAGAGCUGGAAAUGCAGAUGGUGUGUAACCUGAGAGAAUUCAAAGAGUUCAUCGACAAUGAAAUGAUUGUCAUCUUGGGACAGAUGGAUAGCCCCACCGAAAUCUUUGACCAUGUGUUUCUGGGCUCCGAAUGGAACGCCUCCAACCUGGAAGAUCUGCAGAACAGAGGGGUCAGAUACAUUUUGAACGUCACAAGGGAGAUUGAUAACUUUUUUCCUGGUGUCUUUGAGUAUCACAAUAUCAGAGUAUACGAUGAGGAGGACACGGACCUGCUGGCGUAUUGGAACGAUACGUACAAAUUCAUCUCGAAAGCAAAAAAACAUGGCGCUAAAUGUCUUGUGCACUGUAAAAUGGGCGUCAGCCGCUCCGCUUCCACUGUGAUUGCUUACGCUAUGAAGGAGUACGGCUGGAACCUGGAUCGAGCUUUCGACUACGUGAAGGAGAGGCGAACCGUUACCAAACCUAACCCUAGUUUUAUGAAGCAGCUUGAGGAAUAUCAGGGCAUUCUACUAGCCAGCAAGCAGAGGCACAACAAGCUGUGGCGUUCUCACUCGGAGAGCGACCUAUCCGAUCAUCAUGAACCUAUUGGGAAAACCGGAAUGGACAUGAGCAAAAAGGACAUUACAUCCUCGGCAGAGCAGCUCUCGGACAUGCAUCAUUCCUUUACACUGGGACCUCCAACAGAUAACUGUAACCUGACUUGCCCCAUCAGCAUCUCUCUGUGCAACACGACACAAGCGCACUAUGAGUUUACAUCUUGUGAUUAUCACACUGGACAAAUAGAGGAUAUUCUAAAUCUCAAUACCGUGAAUGGAUGCUCAACACGAUGCUGCUCUGAUGAGUCUUCUGUCUUCCUGGACAAUUGUAGAACUGACAGGCUCACAGAAGACAUGUCUCCAAUCUCUGAAAGCUUAACUGGUCAGUCUGAGCUUCCUGACCUGACGCUGGAAGCCAUGGUGAAGGAUGCACUGAAGAAUGAGGAUAACUGCCAUCUCCUGCCACUAAGGGAUCUGGAAUCUCACACAGGUGAUCUCCCAGAAUCUCCUGAUCAAUCCUCUUUUACCUCUCAAUCCGAGGACAUGAGUGGGGACAGAAUUGAUUUCCUAAGUGCACUGGAAAAGUUUGUAGAACUAUCUCAGGAGAAUCGGCCACGGACGUGCUCCGCCACCCGAGCAGAUGAGCAAAUCAGCAAUGUUAGGAAUGGUAUCCUGAAAGGUUCUUGGCAAGAGGCGUCCUUAUAUGAGAGCCUUGCAGAUAAGCAGAGAGCAAGUGCAGAUGUUAGCACCCCACAGGCCUCUGAAGACUCCUCUACAGAUGAGGAGCAGCCAAAGGAGGUCUCUGAACCAGUUGUUCAAGAUCAUCUCCCCAAAUCACACUCUGAAAAUGCAAUAUCUGUGAAGGAGAUAAUCACAGAAAUUGAAUCCUUCAACCAGGGAGUAGGCCAGUGCCAACAGAAACCAGACAAUCUGUCUAGCCAAGUGCAAGCACCAAAGAGAAAUACAAUCCAUGAUGUAUCACUUGAACCUGUUUGGGAGCCAGAAAGCAACUGCAAGGAGGAAAGUGAGGCUUGCACCGCACUGCCGCAUGACAAUUCUAAAGACCAGAAGUGCAAACAAACUUCUCAGGAGGAUUCUGAAAACUCAAGUGAAACAAAUGACCAUCAGGAAGUUGCAGGCCAGGCUCCCAAGUGGUCUGCUGGCUCCGUCAGAAGGGCUACAAUGGAGUUUGAGGAACGCUUAAGACAAGAGCAGGAGCAGCAGCAACACACAGCCGUUGUGCCAACAAGGAAGAAUUCGAAGAAUGACUCUGCCGUCUGUGAUUCUACUCCAAAAUUUAAACUUGAAGACUCUUUGCUUGAUGCUUCAGAUAAUGAAAAGGAUAAAAAGGUGAAAAUAAAAUUUACAGGGUUAGAACCUUUAGAACUUCUCAAAUCUGAGCCAUCCACAGAGUCACAGUCAUCUCUGUUGUCGGAGCAUCAUUAUGCGCAAGUGAAGCAAGAUGCAAAUCACUCAGAACUAGCGGCUAAUCCUAAAGGACAAGGAAAAGAGAAUCAGUUGCUUAUUACCGAACCUUUUGAGAUGAAGAAUUGUUCAGAGCAGUUUCCAAAGAAAGUAGAAGUGGUAGAUCAUAACCUUGGACUACCAUGUUAUGACAGCAAUGACAAUGACCUCUCAAAUCAUGAGUUCAGUGUUUAUAGUGGAGAGGUGGUUCUAGAGUCAAAGGCUUUACCUUCAGAAGCACCUUUAAAUAUGGUCUGUGCAAGUGCAUCGGGCAGGUCCUCUGUACAAUUAGAAAGCCUACCUUUGAAAUUGGGUCCAUUGGAUGCAACUUUUACAUCUGACAGUGCUCAGGAAAGACAUAGUCUUGUAACAGAUUUGAAGGAUACCAAUGUAGUCAGUCCUAGUACAACUCUAGAUUUCCCUAGUCCUAAUUACCAGUGUCACCCGUGCACCAUUGUUAUAGAAGGUGUCACAGAAGAUUGCACCAGUACUGAUGAGAGUCUAGGCAACAUGUCAAACUGUACAGACAGGUCCCAAGGUGACACUUGCAUGGGCCUUGGAGAGUCAAUUCAAAGGGAAGCAGACAGUGCCUUGUCCCAGCUGAGCCAUGAGGAUCUUAAUUUAAUCAACAAGCUAACUGAGAAUAUACGUGAACUGCGUGAAGUGUUGGACAUUUCGUCUUUGUCUUUUGGCUUUCCUCAUAGUUCCAGUACUGACAGCAUCAAAGAAUUUAGUAGCAACCCCGGUGUUGUCAAACAAAGAGCUAAGGAAAUAGAGGCACGGAUUCGGCAAGCUGGUCUCACCACUCCGUCCCAGAUGAAACGUUCUGCCUCUCUGGCCAAACUGGGCUGUCUAGAACUUUCUAAAGAUGACUUGUCAGAGAGGGACUCUGUCUCAUCGGAAAAUAAUCAGACUUACCAUGACAUGUUUAAGAAUUCACUCCGGAUCGUGCCAGGAAAUUAUGAAUCUGAUUUAGGUCUAAAAUCCGAAGAUCCGCCUGAAAAGCUUUGUAUCCUUUCUGUACAGGCCUCCUCGGGACUGGAACCCACAAAACAUUUUGUAGAACAGAUCAAAACUGCAGAAUGCGUUGUAAAGAGCAAGCCAGUGGAAAAGCCUCUUGUGCAGUAUGCCAAAGAGUUUGGUUCAACUCAACAGGGUAUAGCAAGUCCUGAGUCUGAAUUGACGGUUUCCCAGGGGCACCUUCACCCACCAGUGGUACUAGACCCCUCAGUCCCGGUAAUAAUAAAUGUUACCCCCAAGCACGAACAUGGUAGAAUGCAUCCUUUGAGAAGACUUAAAAAGACCAAUGAGAAGAAGAGAACAACCAAUCCGAUAUACAAUACCAUGUGACCCUGGAACUUUUUAGCGUUUUUUUUUUCAUUCUUAUAAAAGGGGCAGGUGUAAUAUGUGAGGAACGUGCACUUUAUUGGUUAAUUUUAUAUAUUUUGACAUAUUGUUUUAUUGUUCCUGAUGCAUGUAAGGUAUGGGCUUCCCUUACCCCUCCUUCCCUUUGUAAGUAGAUCCUGACUGCACACUCGUAAGUCAUUGUACAUAUAUAAAUAUGAUUUGUGUUUUAUUAUAGUUUUUUAUUUUAUUUUAUUUUAUUUUUUACUCUGAAACCUCAAAUGUUUCUUUUAAGAGAUCCUUAGUUAAAAAAAAAAAAAAAAAAAGCAAGUUACUGUUCCUGUAUGGUCAUCGGGCCCUGUUGUCCGACCGGCGUGUCGUCACUGUUGUAGGAAGCAGGCGCACUUUAAGUUGCUUUCUGAACACUUCAGAUGCUUGGUCUGAGGGUAGAGGACUUCUUUUUUUUUUUUUUAUCUUUUAAGAACUGUGAAAGUUUUAGGAUAGUCCGAAGUUUAUAACCAGAUUACUUGGGAUUUCUACAUCCUGAUGUUUCCACCUCCGCGGGCUGCAUGUAAAGCUUACAUAAAAUUGUAAUUUCUGUAUUUUUUUUUAAAGUAAAGAAAAAUCCCUAUCAAUCCCUUCAUUCUGUAUCUAAUGCCUUUUGAGGUCAACGAUGCUGCCCUGCAUUUAAAGAUGCUGUCGGCACGUAGGAAUCCAGAGUGCCAUGUGGCUGUUGACUUUGACAUAUCACGAUAAACCUUACUUUUGAAGCAAGACGAUGCCAGUUUUUGUGGCUUGCCGGGACAGUGACCUGUUAGGGGCUGACAUUUUGGGAAGAACUGUGGUGUUCCUGUGUCCUCCGUUCCUUGCAGUAUGGGGGUGCAGCCUCGUACUUGUGAGGCAGGGGACCGCCGCAGCCCUGUCUUGCCAAACGUAGCCACUUAUCCCAUUACAAGAAGGUCUUAAUGACGUUGGAACCGUUACAUCUUCAGCCCCAGUACCACCAAGGCUUUAUCUUGUGACCUGAGGAAUAUCAUGAUCUACGUUGGAAUGUGCUCUUAUUAGUUGGUCCACUCUACGGGGAUUGACCCUCCAUUACUUGAAUAUGCUGUGAACCGUCAGCGUUUUUGGCCAUGUUAUUCUUUUGCCUUUUACCUCUUUCUACUGAUCCACUUGUCCCUGCUGUACUUCACUCGUCAUCGUUCUAGUGACUCCCAGUGCUACCUACCUGUCUGUACGGAAACAACCUGUAUAUGUUACAUAGUGCGUGUGUGUGUUUGAUAGUGGAAGCUACACAGUGUUUGGCCUUCCUGGAAUCUGUGUUCAGUCUAUUAAAAAGUUUGCGUGUGAAGAAAAUAUAUUAUAUAGGUGUAUUUCUGGGGGUGCAUGUAUAGUGUAUGUGCACGCCCUCAACAUCCAUGCAAAUACAUACAUAUAAUAUAUGUGUUCCGUAUUACACUUUUACUGACGUUUGGGGUUUUUAAUAGCAAGAUUUGCUUGCAAACUGGAAUACUCCAAUGUAGUGACGUUUUACCGUUCAUCAUUUCCCGUUUUUUAGCAGUUGUUUUAAUUUGCUGCUAUGGUCAUAUUGCAGAGGCAGUUCAAUGAACCGCUACACUCGAAACGCUUCUAGAUGUCCCGAGUCAACUAUGGGUUCUUAUAUCUAUGGGGAAUAGUCUUUGACUCAUUGUAAAAACUGUUCUGUACAUACUUAAGGAUCUCUGACGCUGGAAUUUUGCUCUGUUAAAACCCCUUUUCAGUAUAGGAGGGGCAUUUAAAAGGAUUUUGACAAUUUUUUUAAGUUAUCCCAACUAACUGAUCGGUGGGGGUCCUACUGCUGGGAGCCCCACUGAUCCCGAGAACAGGGGUCCCCACUAAUCUCGAGAACAGGGGUCCCGUUCACCCAUCCUGAUGGAGCUGCAGCCCGCACAUGUUCCCUGCUACUCCGCUCAUUCUGUAUGGGACUUCCAGAGAUAGCAGAGUAGAACACUCGACUAUUUCCAAUGACCUGAUAGACAAUGAAUGGAGCGACAGGGCGCACAUGCAGGAUGGGUGAACGAGGACCCCAGUUCUCUGGAUCGGUCGGAGUCCCAUUGGUUUGGACCUCUGUCAAUCAGUUAGUUAAUUUAAAAACUUGCCACAAUCCCUUUUAAAGAGGACCCGUCACAUGCCAUGAGAUGCCUGCUUUAGUAAGUACUUGCAUUCCCCAUAAUAUAUUUUCUGGAGUGUCUUUUCUUAGAUCUGUGCAUUGCCUCUUUCCUCCAUUUAUUCCUCCUGGAACUGUUUGAAUGAAUUGACUACUUAGUGUUAACAUUUCCUUUGUUAGUGGAGUAUGUUCCUGCAUGGUCUGUCAAUGUUCAAUCAGUGCUGACAAGACAGUGUAUAUAUCAUAUAUAUUAUAUCAUGUAUAUAUCACAGCCUAUUGAUGGAAUGCUAUGUUAUCAAUGCAUUCAUACAUUUCCAGGAGGAAUAACCGAUGGAUGGCUCAACACAAUGUUGUAAGACUGCUCCCAAAUGGUUCUUUUUGGGGGAUAGACGAACACCGACAUGUCAGGAGAGGCGGAUUCUCUUUAAACUGCAGGGCUUAGACCCACCCAUGAGUAAAAGCUUAGAAGAAGACAAUUGCUUAAUAGAAGUCCCGGUUGUAAAACUUGGCUGAAUUGGCACUUUAGGUCUAGUUGCCCUUUUAAAUGCCUUCUGGAACCCGCCAACCAGUCUCUGAAAACAGAUGCCUGUUCCGUCCCGGCUCCUCAUGCCACACUGAGUUUUUGCCUGCUGAGACGAUGUUCCUCCCAAGUAGGAUCAACCAUGUAUGGGCUAAGAGAAGCUCCAGUUAUUCUCGAACUAUGGCUCCCAGUACCCGGCUUAGAGUUAGUUUUCCUAUAGGUGCGGAGUCCGUAUACCCUGCUGCAUACGUAAUGUGCCUGCCAAGUUGUUUGGAAAUGACCGAAUUCUACUAGGACUAUUACAGAUCCAUGUUUCUCCGUUGCUUCUAUUUUGACAAUGCGUUACCAUUUCCAAUUUGGUAGUGAGAGCGUCCGAUGCAGGAAAACUGGAAGGGAAAGGUGGCGUUGAGAGGAGGUUUGUGUUUGUAGGAUGAGUAAAGGGUUUGUGAUCUCGUUGGAUGUCUUGUCUGCGUCAGUGUAACCCAGUCUGGCCUCUGCUGAGAGAGGAUCGUCCGCACACCCAGACUCUCGAUAGCAGCUCACUCUUUGGGAAGUUUUUAUUUUGUAAGAUGUAAACACGAUAAUUUUUUUUUUUUUUUAAAGGGCAUUUUUGUACAAACGCUGUUAUUUUGUCUUUUACAGAAAAUACCGUGGUUGAGGAAAUUUAUUGUUUACAUUGUGAAUAUUAAACCUGAAAUAAACAUAAAAAUACCUAA